GGCUGCAGUCAACACGGGUUGGGAUGUGUGUUGCUAGUUGUCUGAGAUGUGUUGCCAAGAUGCUGGUCAGCCUAUCGAUUAUCUGCAUCCUUGCCAACAUCCUGCUGCUACUUCCUGGUUUUAACAUCUACUUCCUGCUGGAGGGUCAUGUGACCAGACAGGCUACCUGGAGCACAGGCAUCUGGAGCUCUGGAAUACUGGUGCUGGUGGGAGCGAGAGCCUUCAUGACCAGCAGUAAGACCAAAGGAUGCUUUGCCUUCAGAACCCAGAUGUGUUUCCAGCUGAACUACAGUGCCCUGAUCCUGCUGGGUUCGGGGUUCUGCAGCUGGGUCAGUGUGACUGGAUUGGUCCAGGGACCGCUCUGCCUCUACAACACAUCGGCUGGACAAGUCUGGGGAGUCCCUCUACAGCCCUACCCUGACCGCUCCGCCCUGCAGCUCCUGUUCACCACAGGGAACCUCUUCAACCUGCUGCUAGGAAUCCUGCUGGGUGAUACCCAUUCCGGUGUGAAGAAAAGCAAUAAUCAAGAAGUGUCAUGAUGCCUUUAUUUUGUUUCUGUUAUGUGUAUAUAAUUUAUUGAGUUUUGAAGCUCCUGUUAUUGAACUGACAUGUCAUGUUAAGGUUUCUAUUUUUUAAGGUUUUUAUUGCUGUUUCUUAUGUAAAACCUGCAGUACUUCACAUGUUGUACUACGGCUAUUUACCCUAUUAAAAAACACCUGUACUAGACAAUUUCUCAAGAA